UGACGAAGUAUGCGAUUUCGUCCUCUCCACCACCAAUUCGGCUUCGGAGCUAUGGCAAACAAUCUAUAAUCUUUUUCAGGACAACAAGGCGGCCCGGGCCAUGCAACUUGAGCACCAAUUCCGCACUACUUCGAAGGGCUCUCUCUCCAUGGUCGUCUAUUGCCAAACCCUACGGAAUCUAGCCGAUUCGUUGGACGACGUCGACGCCACCGUCUCCGAACAACAACUACUUCUACAAGUCCUUCGUGGUCUUCCAGAUGAUCUACGGGCCCAAACGUCGUUUCUCCAAUACCAAACGCCGCCCCUGACUUUUCUUCAAACCCGCUCGGCGCUACUUUUAAUUGAACAACAACGGGCAGAUUUGGGGGUUGGCAGCAUCGGAGGGGACAACGGGAAAGCCUUGUACGCGGGCAGUGGAGGCCCCGACAGUGGCGGCUCUCGGCGCUACGACAGCGCUGGAGGGGGCCGCUUGGAUUCCAGCGGCGGGGGCAGCUCUAGACAGCUGCAGCACCACCGACAGCGUGGUGGACAGCAACAAUUCACCCGUGACAACAAUUGCUCCAUUGAAUUUGAGUCCACUGGUUUUUCUGUGAAGGAUAUGCUGACGGGAACCCUGAUUCAUCGGUCCAAUAAUGUCGGGCCACUAUAUCCUAUGAGCCAAACAGCCGCCCAUGCCCAAGCCCAGGCCCACGUUGCCACCGGAAGCCCGGAGCUCUAGCAUCGUCGCCUUGGUCACCCGAGCCUUUCCGUCCUCCGUGGAGUCUCCAGUCUCUUGCCUACUAUUUCGUUCAAACAUUUACAGCACUCUCUUUGUCAUGCUUGUUACCCUAGAUACACAAGCUGUGAUUUUUAACAAUUUAAAAAAGACCUAAAGUUAGGGAUUUUUCAAUAGGUAAUAUUGCCCCAACGCCCAACCAAAAGGAAACUACGAUACCAAUCAAAAACAUACUAGUAGAUACUGGACGGCGAAAUGGAUUUUGGAAUUGAUUGACAUUCUCUAAAAAGGGUAUUGUUAAUAAUCCCGCAGGUAUUGAAACCAUUAAAAGUACACCCAAUAUUUUAUUGGGUACUGUACGAAGUAUUUGAAAGACAGGAAAAAAAUACCAUUCGGGUAGGAUUUCUAGCGGGGUCGCAAAGGGAUCAGCCGGCUCGCCAAGCAUUGCGGGCUCUAGAACCGCUAAGCCAACAUUACAUGCAAUAGUACCCAUGAUGACAACUGGAAAAAUAUAUAAAAGAUCAUUCGGCCAGGCUGGCUCCCCAUAAUAAUUAUGACCCAUCCCUUUAGCUAAUUUAGCUCUUAAUAGAGGGUCGUUCAAGUCAGGUCUUUUUGUUAUUGGGAUCGGUGAAAUCUAAUUGAUUCAUCCUCCGAAAGAACCGGACAUGAUAAUUUUUAAUCAUCCAGCUCGAGCAAUACUAAAAUAAAAAUGGACAAAAUAAAAUCAAGUUCUCUAGUUAUUGAUACACAAAUUCUAUAAUAAUGCUAGAAAAAUUCAGUGAGUUGUAAAAAUAUUCAGUUUUUUUUCUAAGUAAAUACUCAAGCCCCAAGUUGGCUAUGCGCGCCUGUGCUUUUUGGGUCGUCUCACACCUCGAUUUAAUUCAGAUUGGUUGCAAACCCCUCUCCAAGUUACAAUAAAAAAAGGUUUCCUUGUUCCUAAAAAAGUCUAACCUAUGUUCUUCGUUAGAUCUAUUAAUUUACUCCGAUAGUAUUUUAAAGAUGAAGCCAAUGUAGAGGAAAUAACUACAUUUAUAUACUACAGUUUGUUAUUUCGAUUUUUUUUAUUCUAAAUAAAAAAAUCGAACUAUCGAC